GGUUCGUCCGCAUUCGUCAUCGCAACCAACCAACUCGUACAACUCAAUCCCUCUCGUUUCCACGUCCGCCUGCGAUCUGAACUUUGUCAUCUCGUGGUACCUGGAAUCAAUCUAUUUGCCAGCCUCUUCUCACUCUUUUGGCUAUUCCUCGUCUUAAGUCUAAUUAUCAUCCUACCGACUUCCUUCCUCCACUCACCUUCCUUCCAUCCCUCGGCGUCCGCGGUCGCGCCUUCCUCGUCCACUCUUUCCCUCCCACGCGAAAGGUGACUGCCGCCGUUGCUCUCCAUGUCAUUUUGACAACUGCGCUGCCUUCCAUCCCUCAAAUUCUACAACAGCUUCGUCUGCAACCAAACCCUCCGUAACCAUGACGGAGACCAUGGGCUCUUCAGGCUCGGGCCAUCCUAACCUGAACCUGAGCCCCGAGGAGAAGCGAGUCUAUGGCCAACUACUGAAAGAGGCCGAUCCGGACGGCUUUGGAGCAGUCUCGGGCGAUGUUGCCGUCAAGUUCUUUGAACGUACAAAGCUACAACCGGACGUGCUUGGACAGAUUUGGCAGAUUGCUGAUGUCGAGAAUCGAGGCUUUCUUACCCCAGCAGGCUUUGGAGUCGUUUUGCGACUCAUUGGCCAUGCACAAGCCGGUGGUACUCCAACGGCCGCUUUGGCAACACAACCCGCUCCCUUACCUCGAUUCGACACCAUCUCAGCUCCCACUCCAGCACAAUCAACCCCCGUGUCAUUACCUCCUCAAGCGACCGGUCCACCCGCGAGCCCUUCAGUACCUGGAGGCGCUCCCAUCCGUGUCCCAGCCCUGACACCAGACAAGGUCGCAACUUAUUCCUCUCUCUUCGAAAAGUCGGGUGCAGAGAAUGGCUUCCUAUCUGGCCUUCUCGCAAAACAAAUCUUUGAACGAGCCGGUCUACCCAAUGAUGUUUUGGGUAAGAUCUGGGCCCUCUCCGACACCCAAGGUCGGGGUGCCCUGGACAUGACCGAGUUCGUCAUAGCGAUGCAUCUUCUUGCCUCUCACAAGUCAGGCCAGCUCCGCGCUAUACCCAACACUCUCCCCCCGGGCUUGUAUGAAGCUGCCCAGCGACGAGUUCCUGUCCGAGCAGGCAGCGGCUCCCGCCCAGGAUCUAGUGCCAUCCCAAAUAUCCCUCCCCAAUUCUCCGGAAGCUUUCAUCAACGACCUCAGAGUCCUAUUACCCGACAACCAAUUGCGACUCCGCUGUCAAAUCAGUCAACUGGAGAAGCCUGGCUCGUCUCCCCGGCCGACAAAGCUCGUUUCGAUUCUAUCUUUGCCACCGUCGAUCGAAGUGGACGAGGCUUCAUCACCGGCGACCAAGCUGUCGAAUUUUUCGGCAAUGCGAGACUGCCUGAGGAAGUUCUGGCACAAAUCUGGGAUCUUGCAGAUAUCAAUUCCGAGGGACAGCUCAGCAAAGACGAAUUUGCCGUUGCCAUGUACCUUAUUCGACAGCAAAGAGGCACCAGAGACGGUCGAGGAGUGCUUCCCAGCACAUUGCCCCCGGCGCUGAUCCCUCCCAGCAUGCGGAAGCAUACCAUCCCUCCACCUCAACCGACUGCCCCCGCGUUUGAGAAUGCGACCGUCACCAAGCCACGCUCAGCGGCUGAUGACCUCUUUGGUCUGGACGCCUUUGGACCUCCUCCUACUGCUGCACCCCAGCAGGUUGCGCAAUCCACUGGUGGCACUGAUGCUGGCCCAUUUGCGAACCCGCCAUCCCUACCCACGACCAUCUCCCCACAGACGACGUCGACUAAUUUCAAGCCUUUCAUCCCAACCAGUUCAUUUGGCCAGAGCAUCAUUCCGCAGUCUACAGGCUCUCCUGCUCCAAACCAGACACGCUCACCUCCUCCUACUGACGACUUGCUCGGCGAUGCUGACCCAGAAGUGAGCUCAAAACUGACAAGCGAAACCAGUGAGCUAGGAAACCUGUCGAAUCAGGUCAGCACCCUCUCCAAACAGAUGACUGAGCUGCACGGCACACGGAAGCGGACCAGCCAGGACUUGUCAAACACCUCCUCUCAGAAGCGAGCCUUUGAGGGCCGUCUAGCCCAGCUGCGAGCUUUGUAUGAGAAAGAGGUCAAGGAGGUCAAGACAUUACAAGAACAAUUGUCGGCCUCCAAAAAUGAUACUACGCGGCUUCAGCAAGAAAUUGCUAUGGUUGAAAGCACUCGCCAAGACUUGGUAGCUCAACAUCAACAAGUCCGCGCCGCAUUGGAAGCCGAUCAACGAGAGAAUGCUUCAUUGAAAGAGCGGAUCCGACUCUCGAACCAGGAAAGUGAGCAGCUCAAACCGCAACUAGAGAAGUUGAAGUCGGACGCCAGACAACAAAAAGGACUAGUUGCCAUCAAUCGAAAACAAUUGGCUACCAAUGAGGCGGAGCGAGAUCGCAUCCGAGCGGAAAUAGCAGCUGCUCACCAGCAGGUUGAGGACGCACUGAGAGAAGCCGAGGAGUCUGCGCGCGAGCUCGAGGACAGCAAAAGGGAGUUGGAAGAAGCGCAAAACGUUCCGGUCCCGACCGUCAAGGACCCGUCUCCGGUUGCAAGCCCGGCUCCAUCCACAACCUCAAACCCUUUCUUCCGGCGGACAACAGAGACGUCAUUCUCGCCCCCUAUCGGAAGCCCAGAGCCUCGAGAUAACCAGACCACCUUUGAUAGUAUCUUUGGCCCAUCUUUUGCAGCUGGGGCUGGUGCAGCCCCUCCCGUGUCAUUCUCAAGUCAGUCUUCCCCACCAGGUGAAGCGCCUGAGAUCCCUUCGGUGCCUUCACCUUCUUCAUCGACACCAACCGGAGUGGUGGAACCUCCUCCCCCACCUCAGUCAAAACAAAUCACAUCUGCUGCCCUUCCCUUCCGCCAGCCUUUAGGACGAGAGGAUUCCAUCAGCUCUUCGGUCAGGGUGGCACAGCCUGUGAGCAGACUGAGCCCUGCAGACACACCGCGUGCUCUAACUCCAACCACUGGGACAUCUAGUCCCCACACUCAACGAGAAUUUGGUGACGAUCCUUUCUCGACAGCCGCAGCGCCAGACGAGGAGCAAGAAUCUGUGAAACGAAGUCUUCCUCAAGCAUCAACACCCAAAGAAUCUGUCGAGAACGCUUUUGGCAACCCAUCUGCUUCGUUGUCUGGCAUCCCGGGAGCGUUUCCUGAGGGGUCACGAUCUGAGACACCAGCAACUGCUGGCUCGACAGGUGCAAUCGCGGCGGGCGCAGGACUUGCAACGGUUGCCGCCGCCGCCGGAGCUGCCGCUCUAGCAAGUAAUGGCGACGUCAAAGCGGAGGGGAAGGGAAAAGAUCCCGAAUCGACUUUUGAUGACGUCUUUGGUGGCCCAGCUCACCAACGCUCCGCAUCCCAGCAAGCAGCUGAUUUUGAUUCAGCAUUCGCUGGUUUCAACAAGCCCGCAGUUGCAAAUGGCACAACUAGCGCCGCGAACAAAGAGUUCCCCGACAUACAAGAAUUUGGAGGUGACGACGACGAAAGCGACAGCGACUACAGUGACGAGCAUAUGAAGUUUGACGAUGACUUCAACACCCGAUCGCCUCCGAAAGAUACGGCAGGAGUGUCGAAGGAUGCUGGCAAGCAGCCUGAAGCCCCAGCUGCUGUAGCUGCCCUUCGACCUCCUCUGGACAGCACAGCCUCUGCCGCGAGUUCUUUACCGGGGAUUGACCAACAGAAAUCCCCCCCAACCUAUGGCGAGGCUGUUCCAGAAGAGAAUCCUUCUCAUUUUCCACGAGAGUUCCAGGGUCUACUUCCCGAGAGAGAAGACCCUACCUCUCCUCAUGACGGAGCCGAGGAUGCUCUCGCUGGUACCACGUCGCCAUCCUACGGUCCCGAGGCUCAUGCGCGAAAACCAUCGGAGUCCAGCGCUUCCGUGCCUCCUCCCACAAAAGCCGCACCUUUUGACUUUGAUUCUGCCUUUGCUGAGGUAGGAGCGGCACCUGUGGCUGAUGACGACGACGAGUCGGACGAAGACCUCUUUUCGCCGAAACAGAACACGGCAGACUUUGAUCCCACGUUUGACUCUCCAUCCCAGCCGCAAGCCGCGAAUACAGUAUACAGUUCCGUGACAAACGGCACGGCUGCUGCCUCUGGUACCACCCAACCCUCGGCAUCACACGAUUGGGAUUCGCUUUUCGCACCCCUAGAUUCUAAAGCGGACAAUGUCGCCCCAACAGACGGACUUCCCAACGUCAUCUCUCCUGGGCCUUCCUCCACAUCAGGUCCAGCGCCCAAUGUAGCCGUCUCUGCAGCAACGACUGGAGCUCCGAAUACAUCUCCACCAGCAGCGUCGCCACCUCCUGCAAACAACACGAAGCUGGAUCGUCCACAGGCAGGCCGGGCUCUCAGCACUGGAACGGAACAUGACGACCCGAUUUUGAAGAGGUUGACAGCUAUGGGUUGGACUCGAGAGGAAAGCCUCUCUGCAUUGGAGAGGUUUGAUUAUAAUAUUGACAAGGCUGCCGACUAUCUGACAUUCAAGUCAUAAUAUGUUUCAUCAGAUUGCACAUUUGAUCCCUGGACAAAUCAUUGUGAAUGUCUGGAAUGAAUAUUGCAAGGUGAAGGAGAUUUAAGAGUGUGGAGGAGGGCUCAUUGCCAGAGACCAAGAUGGACACCACUGAAACCUCACAUCUACGAAUGCAAAGACCUCGAUGGGGGCCAAAGUGCUUUUUGAUUCCAGCAUUUGAGCGAGACAUGCUGCAAAAGCCCGCUUCUUGAAGCAAUUGCGACGUUACAUUUGAAGAGACUUGGUUAAACUGAAGCCAAAGCCGACAGUUUCCUAUUCUUGACAAUGGCUGUCAUCCUUUCAAGUAAUUGUUGAAGUUUAUAAAUAUCUAUUGGAGCUGAUGCAGACCUUUCUGUGUCUUGUGGAAUAUAUUGCUUUGCUCAUAAGGUUGAAGUUGAAUGUGGGUUCUCGAAGAGGGUAUCGCCGACGCAUUUCUUUUCUACUAUCACU